CCGCCUCUGACCAUCGCAAAUCUGUGUAUGUGAGAGAUGAGCAGCAGCAGAAAGCCGUCCGGACCGUGUGCGUGAGAAGUGAGGUCCUCGACCAUCCCAGUCCAGCUUGAGCUUCGGUUCGAUGAUGGCCGCGGCUGUGGAAAGAGGAGGGGUCCGGGCCGCCUUCAUGAACCCGGGGGUCGGUGCACCCGCUCCAGCGCCCGCCGCCGCCGCUGCGCCCGGAGGAUCAGCCAUGGCCGGAGCUGGGGGCUCGGGCUCGGGUGCGGCGGGUUUGGGUCCCAUCAUGCCCGUGCCUAUGAAUUUAUUCGCAACGUGGGAGAUCGACCGCUCAUCUCCGAGCUGUGUCCCGAGGUUGUGCAGUCUGACUCUGAAGAAGCUGAUCGUUCUGAAAGAGCUGGACCGCGAGCUCAGUUCUGUUGUUAUCGCUGUCAAGAUACAGGGGUCAAAGCGCAUCCUGAGGUCGAAUGAGUACAUGCUCCCACCCAGCGGCCUGAUGGAAACAGACCUGGAACUCACCUUCUCCCUACAGUACCCACAUUUCCUGAAGAGAGAUGCCAACCGGCUGCAGAUCAUGCUUCAAAGGAGGAAACGCUAUAAAAACAGAACUAUUCUGGGCUACAAGACGCUGGCCGUUGGUGUUAUUAAUAUGGCUGAGGUGAUGCAGCACCCGACAGAUGGAGGCCAGAUUUUAGGUCUCCAUAGUAACGUGAAAGAAGCACCGGUGCGUGCAGCAGAACUGAGUGUUUAUUCACUGUCGAGUCAACCUAUUGACCCAGAAGAUGGCAGUGGUCAGCCAGAGACAAAGGCCAAAGCUUCAGACCGUUCUCCAGAUAUGGAUAACUAUUCUGAAGAUGACGAUGAUAGUUAUUCGUCAGAGCAAGAGGCGAGUGAUGACGCCGUUCAAGGCCAGGACCUUUAUGAUGAAGAUGAUGAUGUUCAGCGGAAGCCAAAAAAAUCUAGGAGGAAAAUGAUUAGAACCACAUCUAUGACCCGGCAACCCAAUUUCAAGCAGAAGUUUGUCGCUCUCCUGAAAAGAUUUAAAGUAUCUGAUGAGGUCUUGGACUCAGACCCAGUUGAUCAGACGCAGGAGGUUGAAGAUUUGGAUCUUCUGUAUGACAGUCUGGAGGUUUAUAACCAGAGCGACAGUGGACCAGAGAUGGAGGACAACGAGAGUCUUCUCAGCACUCCCAAACCCAAAUUAAAGCCUUUCUUUGAGGGAAUGUCUCACUCCAGCUCACAGACAGAGAUCGGCAGUUUGCACAGUCAGAAAAGCCAACCGAGAGAGCCGACCUCCGCUGGCGAUCUGUUAACAGUGGAUAAGAACAGGGCAGUGGGUGGCAGAUAUCCGGAUGACCCAACAGUGGUGGACUCGGCAGCUGGGGAGCUAGUGGAGGACGAGUCAACAUGUGACGCCAGCAUGAGCUGGGACGUGAGCACGGAGAAAUUAGCAGGAACGGUGGGCAAACUCUGCAAGGCUGAGUCGCAGACUCUCAUGUCGCCUAGCAAAACAGACAGCAAGCUCCAGCGACGUCCGCGGAGCACAUCCAUGAAGGAUAGACAGAACUCUAAAGCUCAGAGCGAUCGCACCAGCAGCAUCGAGAGCGAAACCUCGCCUGACUCCAGGCUCAUCACACAGGUUUGUGUCCCGAGGAAAUCGGUGUAUGAUCAACUUAACCAGAUCCUGAACUCUGAUGAACAGCUGCCAGAGAAUAUCAUUCUAAUUAACACUACAGACUGGCAGGGACAGUAUUUGAAUGAGAUUCUUCAGGAGCACAAGCAGCCUAUUGUGUCCACCGUCUCCCCCGCAGACGUUCAGGCCGCCUUCAACACCAUCGUCACCAGGAUUCAACGAUUCUGCAACUGUAAUGCACAGACACCACCCACCAUUAAAGUGGCGGUGGCAGGCGAUCAGAGUUACCUCAGCACGGUCCUUCGCUGCUUUGUGGAGCAGCUCGCCAACAAAACGCCCGAUUGGUUGAGCUACAUUCGGUUUUUAGUCAUUCCAGUCGGUUGUCAUCCUCUGGCUAAGUACAUCUCCACAUUUGACAGUAAGUUCAAUAACAUCUUUAUGGACGCCGGAUGGAGGGACGUUUUCGGGAGGUUAGAAGCUCCUAAUUCAGAUAAUAUUGAUGUGGCCGGACGUGUCUCGCAGUACCUGGCUGGAGCCAAUCUCUCCCACCAAUUCCCUAUUUCUGAAGCAAUGCUCACGUAUAAACAAAAAAGGAAGAGAAGUUUGUAUUUUGAUUUUUACAUCAGCCCUGACGAAGACUCCUGCCAGAAGUUUGUCCCGUUCAUUGGGCUGGUGAAAGUGGGAAUUGUGGAACACAGCUUAUCUACAUCAGUGGACUCUGAUGACGCAGUCAUGGUGGGCAGCGUCAACAUGCUCUCCUCACCUCCAGCACAGACGGGAACACCGUAUGGGAAAGACAUGACCUCCACCCCUCCGUCGUCCCCCUCCGUUUCCGCCAGUCUUUCUGGAGCAGGUUCUCCAGGCACUGGUGGGGAGGUGAUGGGUCUUCAAGUGGACUACUGGACGUUACAGGGUGCAGAGAAGAAGAAAGAAGGCGAGAAGAGAGACGUGGGAAUCAAAAACACGCUGAAGAGCAACUUCCGCUCGCUGCAAGUUUCGCGAAUCCCCAACGGAGGGGAGCCUACACCUCCUCCUGGAAUGGCCAUGACCGUUGUCAUGAAGGAGAAAAACAAGAAAGUGAUUUUCCUGAGCAAGAAGCCAAAAGAGAAGGAUGUGGACUCUAAGAGUCAGGUCAUAGACAGCAUCAGCAGGCUCAUCUGCACCGCUAAACACCAGCACACCAUGCUGAAGGUGUCCAUCGAUGGCGUGGAGUGGCACGACGUGAAGUUUUUCCAGCUCGCCGCGCAGUGGCCGACUCACGUCAAGCACUUCCCCGUAGGAAUCUUCGGCUACAGCAAGCCCAUGUGACCCGCCGCUGAUGCUUCUUCGGCACGAGGGGAGUUUUACGGAUGUGGGAUAAAACAGACAAAUGGAUUUUCCUGUGGAAAUGGUCAAUAUAAAAGCCUGUGUCCUCGACAGAGAUGUUGUCCGUGAUGUUACUUGUCAUUUUUGUAGCUUGGUGGUGAAAGGAGCGUCGGCGAGUCUAACAAACGCCGGCUUUUUUUUUUUUUUUUUUUUUUUUUUCGAGAUGAGCAGCACAUGUUGUGGUAGGAAUCGUACCGGCACGUACGGCAGCUUCAGUUUGCACUUUGUUGGGUUAGAGUUUUUAUUAUUUCUGUGAAAUUUUCCGUGUUGAUAAUUGUUCUGUGUACAAUAUUAUAGGGUGGGAUUUAAGUGAGCUUAAUUGAAUUUGCAUUCAAAAAGUAUGGUUGAUAUUUAUACAAUCGGGAGAGGUUUAAGGAAUAGUUCACCCGACUUACAACAGGUUUGUCCGAGGAUGUCUGUAAGGCGAUUCAAUUUUGGGUGAACUGUCUCUUUAAAUGACACGUGGGAGGAGUUCAAAUGCAAGUAGGAGGGGCCACAGAACUGGUGGGAGGAGUUUAUGUUACUGCUUGUUGAAUGAUUUUAGGAUAGCUGUGAAUUCUAAAGGGCACGUCCUUUCAAUUUAAGUAAGGUGAACACUUUAAGAUUAAGCAAAGUGUCUUUGGUUAUUUAAUACAGUACUUUAUAAUUUCAUUACCUGAAUGAAUAUCAAAGGCUUGUUGACGUGAACUUGCGUGGCGCUUUGGUAUUUUGUAUGAAGGAGGCAGCUUGUGUGGGUUCAAUCUAAAGGGAGAUCUCAGUUUGUAAAAUGCUUUAAAAAGCCCUUUAAACCAUUUUAUUCCCUCUGUGUGGGGCGACGAGCAGAUAUUUUAACUUUUUACUCUUUUAACAUUUCUACCUGCCAUGUUUGAUCUUUCACGGUGACCGUGUUGCCAAGUGUUUUUGGAAGGCUGUGCGUUUGUGUUGAAAACAGGGUCCAGUUACUGCCGGCUAAUAAGGGCUCAAACUAAAAGAUUGUUGGGAUGAAAACAGGACGCCCGGUCCAGCUUUUCGUAACUUCUGUGGUGGAUCUGUUUAUGUUCUUUCACUCUUCAAAAGUCCCUUUACAAAAAUUGCCUGUUUGUAAAUACUGAGGGAGGGUGAUAGCAGCUUUGCCUGUGGUUGUAUCCGUGUGUGUGUGUGUGUGUGUGUGUGUGUGAGAGAGAAAGAGGUUUUCAGUAUUAAUUUCAUUGAGUUUGCUGUUACGGCUUGUGGCGUUAUUUUACAGCCAAGCGCAAACUGCGAUAUAGUUACAUUGCGCAUUAAAUCGAUGUUUUUUCGUGUCUUUCAUGAAUAGAACUGUUACUGUUCUUUUCAUUCUGUGUUUUAACCUAGUUUUUGUACUGGCUUCGUUUUUUGAGGUGGACUGCUGAGGUUUGUUCAACCAUUUUUUGGGCCUCCGGUUGUUUUUGAGCACUACUUUUAGGGCGACGUGAGAUGUUUUUUUUUUCUUCUUUUAAUCUGUAAAAGUGAGAGAACACUAAUAUUUGAUCUGUCCGUUUCAAAUAGAAACGCAGACAUUUGCACAAACCUUAUUUUUAAGUUUGACAGUAUUGAUUUUGAACGAACCACUGAGGAAAGUUUCUCUUCUUCUUCUAUUCUCUGUAACGUGUGUACAUAAACGUACAGUAUACUGCCAUUUCAUAUCCUUUAUACUGGUUUGAAUUGUCAUACAAAUACUAAAAUGAUUUUAACCAUGGCUGCAUUGUGAUUUUUUAACAUUUACUAUUUGUUUUUCUAUUUCCCUUUUUAAAGGAGUUGAACUCUUUUAUAGACUUUUUGUUUUGUUUUGUUUUCAGACAUUAACAUGUAAAUGAAAAAAAGAAAGUGAACCGGUGUGUUCUGUUUGUUGAGUGCACAGACAAAAACGUUUUUUUCUUUUCAGUAUUUGAUAAAUACUUACUGGAGGAUUGUGCAAAUAAAUGACAUAUAAUACAAA